AGUCCCGUGCAGGGCUCCAGCCAGCUGGCAGUGCAGCAGGGCUGCCUGCUUUCCCUGCCUCCUCCUUCUCUACCGAGUGGAAAUCUCCCCUUGCUGUGUUCUGACAAACACUUCAAAUCAGCUAUGAGAAAAGUUUUUUAGCCUGUGUACAUGAACUGGAGUCUUGGAAGGAUUAGCCUAUCUGGUAAUUGAAUUUGCAAAGAUUGAGAGUCCAGGUGCUUUCAGGUGAGUGGAGAACAGGACAGGAAUGAGACUGUGAUUAUAUGGAGAAUGCUCUCUGGGGCUGUGGCUCAUCCACGCUCUGCUCCACUCUUCCUUUUGCAGGGACCAUGGAGAGUAUGUGCUGAGACCAAGCGCCAGGCAGGAGCAGCAGCAGGCUGGUGAAGAUGGAGAAUGGCACAGGAGAUGAGCAGAACCACACUGGGCUGCUGCUGUCAAGCCAGGAGAUCAUUACAGCUGAAUACCAAGUGGUUACCAUCCUCUUGGUCCUCCUCAUCUGUGGACUGGGCAUCGUGGGCAACAUCAUGGUGGUCUUGGUGGUCCUCAGAACCAAACACAUGAGAACUCCCACUAACUGCUAUCUGGUGAGUCUGGCUGUGGCAGAUCUCAUGGUGCUUGUGGCUGCAGGACUACCCAAUAUCACAGAAAGUCUGUACAAAUCCUGGGUGUAUGGCUACGUGGGGUGCCUCUGCAUCACUUAUCUCCAAUACUUAGGGAUCAAUGCUUCUUCUUUUUCCAUCACUGCUUUCACCAUCGAGAGAUAUAUAGCUAUCUGCCAUCCAAUCAAAGCUCAAUUCCUAUGCACGUUUUCAAGAGCUAAAAAGAUCAUUAUUUUUGUCUGGUCUUUCACCUCCAUAUACUGUAUGCUCUGGUUUUUCCUACUAGAUCUCAAUACAGCAGUCUACAAAGACACUACUGUUGUGUCUUGUGGCUACAAGGUGUCCAGGAGCUAUUAUUCUCCUAUCUACAUGAUGGACUUUGGAAUAUUUUAUGUUUUACCAAUGGUAUUGGCAACUGUCCUCUAUGGACUGAUUGCUAGAAUACUGUUCCUGAAUCCCAUCCCUUCGGACCCUAAGGAAAACUCUAAGACAUGGAAGAAUGACGUGGCUCACCAAAACAAGACUGUGAAUUCCAAGAUGACUAACAAGAGUUUCAAUAGCACUAUUGCUUCUAGAAGACAGGUUACCAAGAUGUUGGCUGUGGUGGUAAUCCUCUUCGCCUUUCUGUGGAUGCCUUAUCGAACACUGGUGGUUGUCAAUUCCUUUCUCUCCAGUCCCUUCCAAGAAAACUGGUUCCUGCUAUUUUGCAGAAUCUGUAUUUAUUUAAAUAGUGCCAUCAAUCCUGUAAUUUAUAAUCUCAUGUCCCAGAAAUUCAGAGCAGCCUUCAGGAAACUCUGCAACUGCCAUCUGAAACGGGACAAGAAACCUGCCAAUUACAGUGUGGCUCUAAAUUAUAAUGUCAUCAAAGAGUCUGAUCACUUCAGCAGUGAACUAGAAGAUAUUACUGUCACCAAUACCUAUCUGUCCUCUGCAAAAACAUCCAUUGGUGACACAUGUCUGUCAUCUGAGGUAAUGGUUAAUGCCUUUUAGUAUUUGGUGUGUAUUCCUUACAAAGCAGCGUGCUGAUGUGCACUGGGUGGUACUGGGACAGCUUUCAGGUGUGGCAGCCUGGUGAGGGGCAGGGUAAGGCUGGUGGCGAUGACUGGCAUGCCACCAAACAGGACAAUAACAUUACUUUAUCUGACCGGAUCUGGAAACUGAUGGUCUCAAAGUUCCUUGUGCUGGGCAUGCUGUGACCGGGAGAACAUGGUGCAUAAUGAACAGUCAGGAGAAAUACAUAGGUUAAGCCU